UGUUUGUUGCAGUGCAGUAUUAUGUGCCUGAUACUUCUCCUAUUAUUAUUACAUGAACCGACUGAAUCGAAGAAAGUGGUGAUACACGUUCCCUAUCGGGUGAAAAGUGUGAAACACACACAUACGAUUUACAAGAUAAUUCCGCCGGAUUAUCGUAAAGCAAAACACGAGAAUGAGGAUGAACACGACGACGAUUAUCGAUAAUGCGUACUUUUCUAGAUUGUAAUAUUAUAGUUAUUAUUUAUACGAGUGGAGCAAAUCCACAAAAAAGUCAUAGUAUUAUAUAGUAAUUAAGUACCGACUCACUUAGCUCUUUGUCGCUUUCUUAUUUUAUAUUAAGUAACAUUAUAUAUGUAAUAUAUAUAUAUAUGUAAUAUUAUCACGUUUAUCUAUAAAUAUAAAUAACAAAUAAAUAUUAAUUAAUAUUUCUUCCAAUAACCUUAGACCAUUGUAAAUGAAUAACAUUCAGCAUAUGAAUGAAUAAAUUCUUUUUAUUUUUAACAUUAAAAUAUAAUCAUUUUGAGAGAAGUCACUCUGGUAUAUUUUAUUAAAAUUCCAUUUUCGUCUUUCUACACUUGUAUUUAUAAUUUCUUCUUAUAAAUUUGAUAAUUCAAGUACACGAAUAUUCUUGAUAUUCUUAUUUUAAAUAAUUUUAACUGAAAAUUAUAACAAUGCGUUCUUAUCAUACUGUGAAAUAAAUAUUUAACAAUAUUAAACGAUUUCUGAAAUUCUAUUUGAUUUUGCAAAUGCGUUCUAAUUGUUAAAUCUUUCGGAUUUUUCUGUCCUUUGAAAGUGAAAGUGUCAAAAGCAGGCAAAACAAGUCAUUCCACCGUGACACUGAACUUGGCCUGAACUGACAUUUUCGCGGUUUAUUGACCUCGUAAUUUUUUUAUAAAACAGCAUCAGUUAUGAAUCGGUGGAUGAAGCGUAUCGAAGGAAGGAAUCAAGCGAAAGUGAUCAACAGCCGUGAACUGCAUCGCGACACCACGGGAUUCGCUUCGAUGAGAAGAAAAUGGCAUAUAAACGGCGAUCCGUUGUGGACAAUGUCAAACGACGAUUGACUAUCGAUAAUCGCGUUCGUGGCGAUCAGUUGUGCAACGAUUCGAAAUAAAUUAUCAUGGUAAUGAAUGGCAAUUAACAAAAUACCGACGAAGCAGACGAAAGCCACGCGUGUACUCACGCGUGCGGGAAUGUGCAGGAUUAAUUAUAUUCGUAUUUACUUAUUCAUAUCGCACAUUCUUCGCGAUCGAGAGUGAAAGUUCAAGUUUUACAUUUACAUGUGCACGCAAUACGGUAUCCAAGUAAACGCGAGAUUCCGAAACGUUUAUUUUUAAACGUUUCUGCACGGCUGCUCCGAAGUACCAAAUAUUGAGUUCCAGAUGCCUUGUAUCAAGUAUCUAUUAUCAAACAUACUGAUUACUGUAACCGGCAAUUCGAAUACUACACAGUAAAAAAUAAAAUGUUAAUUUUAACAUUUUUUGCAUGUCCCAGAAAGUCCA